GUUAUGAGGAGUGAGCAAGCCACAGGAGGCUAUUCUCAUUCAUGCUCCAUAGGAGAGCGAGGGAGGUCAGGCUGCAUUCUCUGUGCAGAGCAGGGGGGACGUCCAUCUGUAAGAGAAGGCUGGAAUGCUAUGGUCAGAAAUAGAAGGUCUAUACGAUUCCUAGAGCCCCAGGAACAUUGGCUUCGCCAGAAGACAUUUGAGACCUUGCCCUAUGCACUUUGGUUCGUCUGCUGUUCAUGAUUUUGGAAUUUGACAUCAACGCAUGCCUGGAAUUUGCCAAAUUUACUCUCUGAAAGAGUUCUCGUUGGGAGUUUACUGUAAAACACAUUAUGCUUGGCAUAUUCCAAGAAGCUCAGUCGUCCAUUAAAGAGAAACCACAGAGAAUGUGGGUAGUGUGCCCUCUUGUGAAUCGUCUUUGAAUUACAGAGAAAGAAUUGGUUUUUUUUCAUCAGCGGCAAAUAUGGCUUCAGAAUCUCUGCCUUCCAGAAACUUGGAAUCCAGAAGGUGCGAUGAAGUGAUAAAUCUUCACUACAACUACACAGGAAAACUCAAGGAAAGAGAGUUUGAUCAUAUGGACACAACCGAAAUAGUGUUCCUCAUCAUCUGCAGUUUUAUAGUACUUGAGAAUCUAAUGGUACUCAUUGCUAUCUGGAAGAACAACAGAUUCCACAACAGGAUGUACUUUUUUAUUGGCAACCUUGCACUUUGUGACUUGCUAGCUGGGAUCGCUUACAUUGUCAACAUUUGCAUGUCUGGAAGCAAAACUAUGGAUAUCUCGCUGACAGCCUGGUUUGUUAGGGAGGGCAGUAUGUUCAUUGCUCUAGGAGCGUCCACGUUUAGCCUGUUAGCAAUUGCUAUUGAGAGGCACUUAACAAUGAUCAAAAUGAGGCCUUAUGAUGCCAACAAGAAAUACCGAGUGUUUCUUCUUAUUGGAACUUGCUGGCUCAUCUCCUUUUCUCUCGGUGCCUUGCCAAUUCUCGGCUGGAACUGCAUUGGGGACUUACCAAACUGCUCCACAAUCUUGCCUCUGUACUCAAAACGUUACGUUGGAUUUUGCAUUAGCAUUUUCAUAGCCAUUCUGAUUGCAAUCGUUAUCCUCUACGCACGAAUCUACAUUCUGGUUAAGUCCAGUAGCCGCAGAGUCACAAACCACAGUAAUUCGGAGAGAUCCAUGGCACUUCUCAGGACAGUUGUUAUUGUUGUGGGAGUUUUUAUUGCCUGCUGGUCACCUAUAUUUAUCCUUCUCCUGAUAGAUGUUGCCUGUGAAGUCAAAACGUGUUCCAUAUUAUAUAAGGUACAGUGGUUUAUUGCUCUUGCUGUUCUCAACUCUGCCUUGAAUCCAGUCAUCUACACUCUAGCUAGCAAGGAAAUGCGCCGGGCAUUCUUUCGUCUGGUGUGCAGCUGUUUGGUCAAGACUAACAACUCAAGAUCAUUACCGAUCCAACCAACGCCCGAUCAGAGCCGGAGCAAAUGCAGUAGCAGCAGCAAUUCCCCAAAACAUAAAUGCUUUAUACAGACUAAUGGUCACAGUAAAGAUGAAAAAAGUGAAUCCUCAUACCACAAUGGAACUUUCACCAAAUAACCUUCCAUCAUCGCUCUUUAGUACAGCUCUGAAUUUAAGGACCCUCUGAGUUUCCUAAUGGGUUUCCCUGCACUUAUAAACUUGCUUAGCGAGUACCAUGAAGUAUUGUUACUAUUUGAAUGCAUGUCCGUCAAUUCAUUUUAUUUUCUAAGUGUUUUAACUCAGGAAAUACUUCAAAUGUAUGUUACGAUGAAGCAGAUGGUUUUGCAACAAAAAAAAAACUAUUUUGGUAAAACUUACAGCCAAUUCAAAACAAUUCUAAAAGAGAUUAAUGUUAAUUGUUCUACGCAACUGGCAUUUUAUUGAGGAUAAAGACUAAGGAAUCUGUGGAACUGGUACCUGCAAUAGUAAUUUUGCAGGGGUGCCUUAAUAAUAGCCCUGGAAGAUUUAGUUCUCCAAAGCCACCACAAAACUGAACAUGAAUGGGAGAAUAGUUUUUAUGUGCCAAUGUUUAGGCAACAUUAAGCAUCAAAUUCAUCUGUAAGGUUUUUUUCUCUUCUGAACAAUAUGUUCCUUUAUCUCUACCUGUUGUAGCAUGUAAGGCUUAAUUCAAUCAGUGGAACAUCUGCUUUAUAUUUACAAUAAACCAUUCACCAAGAUCAUUUGGCUUAUUAGGUGGUGCACCCUAGUAACUGUUCUUUCACAUCAAAGUACAUUACACACCUGAUCUUUCCCAACCUGAAAUUCCUCCAACUGCAUUGUUAUAGAUCGGUCAUUUCCAUUCCCUUAUAGGCAAGAACUUUGUGUUGUUUUUCCUUUGUAGCUGACAUUCAACAUCUUGACAAGUGAAAAGAUCCGUGAGGAUAAAAUUUAACCAAUUUAACCGUGACUGUAUUACAUUAAUAGAUUAUCUAUAUAAAUAUAUUAAAUACUUUUAUAAAGUAAAAGAAGGCUUCAAAUUUCAAACCAUGAUGCAAGCUUUUUUUUUUUAUUGUGUAUUUUGUACAAAUUGUUUUGUUUGUUCAACAUAAUGAUGCAUGCAUUUCUGCAACACACAUACUGUAUGUUUAUUUUAUCUGUUUAUGCUGUUACAAUGCUCUUGAUAUAUAUAUAUACUAUCCGAUAUGACUAGAAAUUUCAUAUCAUUGACUUUAAAUGAUUUUUUUAAAAAUAUAGAAUACAUGCUUACA